UAUUCAGCUCAUUGGGUUCCUCAAAAGCUUCAUUCUUAAAUCUUAAUUAAAUCCCUCUAUCAUAACUAUUCCGACCACAAAAGUAAGCAUUAUGCCAUCAGAAUCCGGCAAAGUUGUUUGCGUUACCGGCGCCGGAGGUUUCAUUGCCUCUUGGCUUGUUAAACUCCUUCUAGAAAAAGGCUACACUGUUAGAGGCACCGUUAGAAACCCUGAUGAUGCCAAAAAUAGUCACUUAAGGGAACUUGAAGGUGCAAAGGAAAGACUGACUCUGUGUAGAGCUGAUCUUUUGGACUACCAGAGUUUGAGAGAAGCAAUCUAUGGGUGUGACGGAGUUUUCCACACUGCUUCACCUGUCACUGAUGAUCCAGAACAAAUGGUGGAGCCAGCAGUAAUUGGGACAAAGAAUGUAGUAACAGCAGCAGCAGAAGCCAAAGUGCAAAGGGUAGUGUUUACUUCGUCAAUAGGGACGGUGUACAUGGACCCCAACCGGGCUCCAGAUAAAGUUGUGGACGAAACUUGCUGGAGUGAUCUUGACUUCUGCAAGAAUACUAAGAAUUGGUAUUGCUAUGGGAAGACGAUAGCGGAACAAACAGCGUGGGAAAUGUCUAAGGAAAAAGGAGUGGAUUUAGUUGUGAUCAAUCCAGUGUUGGUGCUUGGACCAUUGCUCCAACCAACAGUGAAUGCCAGUGUUCUUCACAUCCUCAAGUACCUCACUGGCUCUGCUAAAACUUAUGCCAAUUCAGUCCAGGCGUAUGUGCAUGUUAAGGAUGUUGCUCUUGCCCACAUACUUAUCUACGAAACUCCUUCUGCAUCUGGCCGCUAUAUCUGUGCUGAGAGUGUGCUUCAUCGCGGCGAUGUGGUCGAAAUUCUUGCCAAAUUCUUCCCGGAGUAUCCAAUCCCCACCAAGUAAUUUCACUUCCCAAAUCUAUAUAUGGAGUAGCAAGUUUUAAUUUAAUUACCUUUAUUUGAACUAACCUUAGUGUGCCUAAACAAUUAUGCUUUAUUUUACUUUUUAAAAUUCCAUAUUCUGAAAGUUGUUUAGAAGUAGUUGAAUUUUCCUCGUUAAAAGUUAAUACAUUAAUAUUCUUGGAAAGAGCAGGAGGAGACCUGUUGGCACGUUCUCAAACAUUCCUACCAGUUUUAAAUUCUCAAGAGUUAAUUCAUAUGAAAACUUUGGUACCAGCUAAUAAUGCGCUUCAAAAUGCAUGUACUCCAUAUCUAGAACCUUUAUGCCUAAAAAGGGUACUUUGUUCUGGUUGAAAUGAUGAUGUGUCAGUAGUUAUACCAAACUGAUAAUUUAUAAAAGGCAAAAUACGUAAUUUAUCCAUCCACCUUGUAUUCAAAUCUCUUGCACUCAAAUCCUUGUUACACACUUGUUGACCACGUAUUUAAUUUUACACACCAAACCUUUCAAAUGUGUGUCAAUUAUACACUACUUUUGACCAGCCUAGUUAAUAGUCAAUGCUGUGUAUACACGCGUAUCUCUGAAUUAAAAAGUACCCUUUUAAUCUACUGACACCUUUACAGAACCAACCCAAUCAAAUAAAAGACACCCAACAAUCAGUGCACCACCUUCUCCACCACUGCACCGCCUUUUCCACCAUUGCAACCCCUUCUUCUUUGUACCACAAAAUUACUAGCUGCAACACCCAAAUAGAUAUACACAAACAUCAUACCUAAAAAACUUCACCCGUCGAAAUUUCGUCGGAAACUCCAUCUUCGACCCUCCUUUUUCUUUCUGUCAUUAUUUUUUCCUUUCACAAAGCUAGAAUGAUGAGCCAAAAGAAAAUAACGAAAAGGGAAAUUUUAGAUCUUCUGUUGGCAAAAUUAAAAGAAUCACAAAGGCUACUUUGUCAACAAAAUUCCAAAAUAAGAAACUGAAAACUUAAAU